GGGUGAGAAGAGCUGCAACUGCGAAUGCCAGAACGGCCGACAGCGUGUCGAUUUCGAUACCGUGCGGUUACGGGAAGCAGUCAGUCUCUCUGUUCAUUCCACCGGACUAACAAGUCAAUUUCAAACAGGUACACUUUCCCGCUUCUUUUAUCAAAUAAACCGGCCCAACCAUGGAUGAUGGUGCUGCCUCUACUGGUGUGAUCGUGAAGAACAAGCCGGGCGCAAAGCCGCUGAACAUCGUCGAUGAUUUCAACCGUCGCAAGAUGCCGCUCUACAAGCACUGGGUUCGCCCACAAUUCUUGCAGUACAACUACAUGUACGACUACCGCGUGAACUACUACGAUGACGUCAUCGACUAUCUGGACCGACGAUCACGGGGUGUUGCCUCGGAGAUCCCUCGCCCCCAGACCUGGGCCGAGCGUGUCCUGAGAACGCAGAAGACCGCCACUCGUGACAUCAACGAUGCGUACAACUACACCAGCAUCAGCCACAAGAAGGACGACAAGAAGCUUAUGUACACGCUAAGUAAUCAGAUCAAGUCGUACAACUGCCACUCGAAGGCAUACACUAACAGAAAGUACCGCAAGAUCCUCUAAAACCAAUGCGUUUCCUAUCCUGCUUCUACCAAACAAAACCAGAAGAGCAAAAAACAAAAAACCUCUCCAAAUUUGAUACUCUUACCCUUCUCUACCGUUGGCUUAGUUAGUUUUUUUUUAAACAAAUGAAAAACUAAUAACAUCCCGUUUUGCAAUAAAAAUGCUUCCGCUUGCUUAGCUUACGAAA